AUGGCAGCCCCAUCGUCGACUUCACCAUUGGUGCAGGUGAACGUUGGCAAUGUCAAGCACAAGCCGAAAGUGGUUGCAUUGUAUGAGCGUCUGUUGACAGAGGACUCACAGCAGCCCGGGUACUGGGUAGAGUUUUUCUUGCUUCCGGUUGCUCGCAAUGAACUGCUGGCCAAGCUGCGAGAACUGAGCAACGAAGAGCUGAUUUCCAAGGCGCCCACGCUCCAGACGCUGAUGGCGGCCGCGGUGACGAAUUUGCAGUCAGAUGAUGUGUUUUUGCAGUCGAAUACCUUGGAGAUCAUGCAAGUAGUAUUCCGGGUACUGCUCUUUGACAAGAAACUCUCAUCCCGAGAUGUCAUUACUGCAUUAGCUGGCUUGGACAGAAUCGACCACAUGAUGGAUCAGCUAACUGAUUCGCUGCUCAUGUUGUUGCCGGGCCAGCUGAGCCAUAAAACCGUCCUGUUUCUGAGCAUUGUUGCUGCCGCGUCGACGGGCACAUCGCUAGCGAGCUACUUUGGCUAUAAGAAUUUCUUCACGCCGCUCAUUAUGUUUAUUGAUGCGCGGCCUACCGGCAGCCCCGAGCAAGUUGAUGCAUUUCUUGCAAUUGGCAUUCUGGCCAACCUGAACAAGUUCAAUGACUCGGUGGAUGUAUAUCUUCAACGCAUCAACGAUUUCGUGGACCAGGACAUAAUGUCAAAACUGAUUACAGCCACAAAAGGGCCAUUGGACAAUUGCAGGUACGAUUAUGUCUAUUCGCUAACCGCCAAGCCGUCGUGGCUCGGAUGGUUCGGCCAGCCCGCUGCUCCUGCCAAACCGCUGGCCGAUCUCCCUCAAUCCCCGGAGAUUGCCAUUCUAAUGCCACUCUACGAGUUUGCCGUACACAACGACGUCUUUGCAGUGAAACUGGUCACAAUGACAUCUGAGUUUCGUGUAUUGAUCGAGCUGUCUUCGCACUUGGUGCAAAACCAAACCAACGUGCGCACGCCAAUAUAUGCCCGACUCGUCCUCCUAAUGUUUAGGAAGUUUGUUGAGUCGUCGACGGUGUUUGCGCAGCUUGUGAACCCUGAGAAUAAGACCGAAUAUGAAAUCAGCCAACAGCGUGCUCCACCGUUGGAGCGCGAUGCGACUCCUCGUUUACCGCUGGCCGGUAUCUUGGAUAUUAUACAGUGUUCAUUACGUUUCAAUGUUCGCAAAACAAUGGACAACAGUCUCUAUACCCUUAUCUUCUAUGUUUUGUUACAGGCCUUUGCAGCGUUGCGACAGGCUUCACUGGUGUUGCCAUAUAACUGGCCCCAGCUUUGGCAGACCUUGCUCUUGCUGCUGAAACACCUCAACAAAAGCGAGUCUGCUGUGGGCAUUGAAGUCGCCAGCAUGGCCUCCCUUGCCGUCGCUCAUUGUCUUAUUGAGCGAGACCUUUUUCCAGCCGAACAGUACGCUGAUCUGUUCUAUAAUGUUGUGAACCAUGCAGAAAUUUUCCAAACGCUUGCAUCGAAAUAUGCCUUGGCCAAAACAGCAUCUUUAGCGGCCAUCCACGCAAUGGUCGCUCACUACGAGUUACUUUCGCAGCAGAAUCCGGACCUUACCGAGCAAAACAUUAGUGAUGUCGUCAAGCAAGGACAGCAUGCCGCUGCAAUGUACGAUAAGCAAAGGCCAAAGUCACUUCUUACUCGAGAAAACUUGCCAAGAUUCAGCGAGGUCAACGAGCAACGGUUCUUGAAGCGGGUAACCAGAGUCGCCUUCGUUGAUGCCAUCAGCUUUACUUAG